ACAAUAGUUCUGAAGACAAUGAUUCCAAAAAUAAUGAUUCUGAAAAUAAUGAUUUCAAAGACAAUGAUUCUGAAAACAAUGAUUCUGAAAACAAUGAUUCCGAAAAUAAUAGUGAUUCCAAAAACA